GCUUAGAAGUGUUGCUGUUCCCAGCUGUGAGCCUGUCCUGGAUCCGGUGCUGCCUGUCCUGUGGCAGCCUAGGCUGAUCCAGCUGGAAUGCUGCAGCCUGGGCAGAGCUGGCCCCUCUGUACUUCCAGAGCUUUUCCUGGAGGGACAGGUACUUGCUGGCAGAAAGCAAAGUGUUCUGAUGACGUAUGACCAUGUAGAAAUUACCUUCAGUGACAUGGAACCGAUGCCAGAGGCCUUCAAAGGGACCAAGAAAGGGAGUGUUUUCCUGACUCCCUACCGGGUUAUCUUUGUGUCCAAGGGGAAGGAUGCAAUGCAGUCUUUCGUGAUGCCCUUUUAUUUGUUGAAGGAUUGUGAGAUUAAGCAGCCAGUGUUUGGAGCAAAUUAUAUCAAGGGCACAGUGAAAGCAGAGGCAGGAGGUGGCUGGGAAGGAUCUGCCACGUUCAAGAUGACCUUUUCAGCCGGGGGUGCGAUCGAGUUCGGGCAGAGGAUGCUGCACGUGGCAUCACAAGUCUCCAGAGGUGAAAUACCCAGUGGAGCUUAUGGCUAUUCCUACAUGCCAAAUGGAUCCUAUGCUUUUGCACCACCUGCAGCCAACGGGGGCUAUCCAUACCCACCACCUCCUCCUGACUUUUAUCCUGGUCCUCCUAUGGCUGAUGGAGACAGGGGCUACAUGCAGCUUCCACCCCCACCAUAUCCAGGGCCCAUGGAACCCCCUGUCAGUGGUCCAGACCUGCCCUCCACUCCUGCAGCUGAAGCAAAGGCUGCUGAGGCUGCUGCCAGUGCUUACUACAGCCCAGGCAACCCACACAACGUCUACAUGCCCACGGACCAGCCACCCCCUCCCCCAUACUUCCCACCAGAGGACAAGAAAAACCAAUAAGCUGACACAGAACUUCUCCACAACUCGAUGCUUUCUUUUUUUUUUUCCAUUUUGGCAGAAUUCUGGGGCACGGUCCAUAGCACUGAGGGAGUAGAGCCUUCCCCCAAGGCACAUGGCUUUCAGGGGCUCUAGUAGUAGGUCUGUGCAGAGCAAGGGAAGGGAUUUCAGCAGUCUGGGUCACCUCUGGAGCUCUGGGAGUUUGCUGUCCUGCAGCAUUCCCUCCUUCCUGUGCGUGGCAUCGCUACAACUGGAGGUUCUCUUCAUCUGUGAUUGCUUCCCUCAGCUCUGUUUCUUUUGAUACUUAAAUUAUACCUCUUUAGAGUAAGCAACUGCUCCAAACUGCUGAUUAAUAUGCCCAUAACAUGGAAACAAGGCUCUUGGGGAGUGGGAGGUGUCUUGAUUUUUACCUUAGUGUGUAUCCAGGAGCACCUCUGGACACAGGGAUGUCUCUGGUUAUUCCUAUCACCCGGAGUGUCACAUCCAACUCUUCCCUCUGCUACCAAGAAAGGGCUUUAAAGGGAACCUUUGGCAUCUCAAAGGAGAUAGACCUAUGACAUUUUUCAGAUAUGUAUUCAAAUUCCUUGUUGUUUUUUUUUUUUCUUUUAGCUAAAUCAUUCCUGACAAUCAUAGUGAAUAAUCUGGUAGCCCUCCAAAUUCUCCUGCUGCAUGCUGUGUAUGACAACAUUUAUGAGCUUCCGUUCCUCAGACAAAACACUGCUCUUUACAGGGUUCUUUAGUAGCAUCUGACUAGUUUAGAUCCCAUGGGAACAUGAAUGUUUCUGUUCUCUUUUUUCCAGUUAUGUGACUCACUAAGUCCUGAAUAUUCUCUUUAUAGUCUACAAUGCACUUUUGUUUUUUCUUUGUUGUAACACGAGUUAUACUUUUUGGCCAGUGAAGCAUCUUGCUGCUGGGAUUUACCUGGUGAAUUAACAGCUAAGGAGGAGAAAGUAGUUGCUUUACUUCUUCUGCCCUGGAAGCACUUGAGAGAGUAUGCAAAACUUUGGAAUAAGCUGUAAGGUACAACUGAGCUGCUGGUUUGAAUGUUGUUUAUUGCUGUUAGUGUUCCUGUUCCAGCUGUGAAUUUAAUUCCCAAUCACUUGAAUACGGACUCCUCAGAGGGUUCCAGCAUUUUCCUUCCAUAGCAUUGACUCCUUGGUCUCAUUAGCAACAACUCCAGUGCAGAACCUCUGCAGGACUGACCAGAAUCUGGGUUGUGAAACUUUUGUGUUGUACAAAGCUUUGCACAAGUCAGACUUCACUGACUUCUGACAGAUGAAAGAGAAAAUCCUUCCCAGCAAAUGUGAUGAAAGAUCCCUGUGCUAGGGAACUGCUGAGACUUGCUGCAUGCAGCCUGCUUGGAGAGAAAAAAGGUCCACCUCUUGUUUUCUUUUUGUUUGAGUUUAGCUGAUUAAUGAAAUUGCUACUAUCUGUGCACUGACUUUUCUAGAAUUGCUACUGCAGUGAUGUAAAGAAAUGGUUAUUUUAAAAAAAGUAUUUAUUUUGAAAAUGUUUGAUUAAUAUAUUAAUGUUAAAUGAACUUUUGAAUGCAGAUUUGUUUUGCCAAGACUGUGAAAUAAACAGAAAUCAGCUCAAAA